AUGAGCAGGAGGACGAGAGCAAAAAGAGGAGGAGGAGAGAGGAUGAAACGGAGAGGAGAGAGGAGUACAGGGAGAGAGAAAGGAGGAGGAGAGGAGAGAGCAGGGAGAGGAGAGCUGGGAGAUGAGCAAGAGGAAGAGAGCAGGGAGAGGAAAGGAAGCAGGGAGAGAGGAGAGCAGGGAGAGGAGCAGGAGGAAGAGAGCAGGGAGAAGAGAAGGAGCAGGGAGAUGAGCAGGAGGAAGAGAGGAGAGCAGAGACAGAAGAGCAGGAAGAAGAGAGAGGAGAGCAGGGAGAGGAGUGAGGAGAGCAGGGAGAGGAGAAGGAGGAAGAGAGCAGGGAGAAGAGAAGGAGCAGGGAGAUGA